ACUCUGGAAUAUAGAGAGGAAAUUGGCAGUGCUUAAGACUUGCAUUAUAAAAGACGUUGAGAUUGUACAGCCUCGAGUCGCCUCCAUUGAUGUCGGUGACGUUGUGGAAGGGCUCCAAAGGCGUGGUGGGAUCCAGGCCGGAGGAUACAGGGUCCAUGUUGGCGAUCUGAUUUCCCACCUGGCCCUCCAAGGAUGCAAUACCAGCAGUGCGGGGCCGCGUGCGACGUCUCUUUCCAGGUCCUGCUCAGCAGACAACCCGGGAAGCAGAGGAUGGGAUAAUGGAAAGGAAAAAGGACGAGUUGGUGAAGGUUGAAAAAGAUGAAGGAGUGGACGGAGUGCUCCGAGGAUCCGAGGGCUGAGAUCCGCAGGUCACUCCCAGGGAUCCAAAGUGCAGCGACUUGGCGUUGGGGUUUCGUUGUGAUGGUGGAUAGACAAGGCGAGGAGAGAGAAGUCGUGUGCCACCGUGGAUCAAUGGCUGAUAUUAUACACAAAAGGGUCAUCAGAAAGGUGGGAGUAGUCGAGUGUAGUCCCAAAAUAAGGCCAUCAUUAUCUCAGUCCCCCCCGGAACUGGAUAUACUGUUAAGAAAGAUUAUUGUUGCGCUCGACCGUUUCCUGCACCGGCCAAGCAAGCAUGAAGGGUCCAGGUCAAUCAUCAGCCACGCCGUGGGGUGUCAGAUAGGAGCAUCUUGGGGCAGCCAAUGGCCUUGCGUGGUUGGCCAUCUGGGACGAGUUUCGCGUGUUUCUUCUUUCGGCUCCCGGCCACGAGCGAACCACACGAGUGGGAUGCCAGGUCCUGGUGUUGAUGCUGAUUGCCUUUUUCUCUCUGCUGUGCUGUGAACUCGUCCUGCCAUCUGACUCGAUUUCGGAUGGUAGGCGAACCUGGUGGAGAAACACAAUCGCUUCGCGGUAAACGUCUUCGGACCCGGUUCCACGAGCC